AUGGAUUGGGACGCUCGUAAAGAAGUUGCCUCCUACUUCCUAGUAAGAGAUCUGCUACGGCAAAUGGCGGGUUCCUUCGUCCCAGACAUGGCACAGUGCCCCCAGGGAUCGUCGGACUGCAAGCGAGAUUUGGCCCAAGAAGAAGAAUUCGCCAUAAGAUCAACUCAGACGCUCCAGCACCAUUGUCAGCUGACUGGCGAUUGGUCCUUUAAAAGAGCGGAGGCGUUCCAGUCUCGCACAGGAGACUUCCACUUCUUAAGUGGGUGCCACGUCUACGCCAAGGUCAAGCUAUUACAGCCCGUUGGUACGAUUACCCCAGGAUUAAAAAUCACUACAGUCCCAGAUCCAAUAUUACCUGGUCAACAUGCCGUCGAGGACACGAACUGCAACCAACACGCCCUGUAUCGCAUCCUAUUGCAAGUCUCCAAGCUAUCCUAUACAUGUCCUCUGUGCCUCCACGGGUAUAGUCGUUAUGAUAACCUUUACGAGCAGUUCAAAACCACGAAGGAAGCUCAGCACAUGGCGCUGAAGAACCUGUGGUUCCGAAGUAAAUGCCCAGUUUGCAACGAGCCCGCGUACCAAGUCUUGCAACAUCUGGCACAGCGACAUCCGGUGAAUUACCAGAGUCUAAUGAAGCAAACCCUGCGCUCACGACACGAAGUGAAUACCAAAAUUCCCAGAUCACCAGCAUGUUUCGAGCAUACAUAUCUUCUCCCCCUAAGGCGACUGGACUGUGUUGUCAGCUUACCGACAAAAAAGCGGAAACGGAAGCCAGGGAGGCUAGAUGGCAUCAGCGAAACGGCGGGAGACAUUGGAAGUGUAUCAACAUCUCUGAAGAGGCGACAGACAGGAGAUCUCGGCCUACAGGUUGACGUCGCGAACGAUCAAUGCGCUCGCCUGGAUGGGUUGGCUCCUUCUUUUCAUUCAUCGGGGCUCCCUGGUCAUCGUACGGUUCAGCUACAUGCGGCUCACCCUCCUUCAGUGGGAAACAGUUUGGGCCAUGAGUUCUACGGAGAAAGCAACCUAGUGCAGAGCGCACUUGCCUGCCCAACCCAUUCAUUGUCCUUUCCAUCCCCGGCGCCUCUUCCCAAAGACAUUCGAGAACCGAGAAUUGAUCUGUCUGCUCGUGGUUACAUGUCGCAUCUAAGUACAGAAUAUCAGAUACCGUGGGAGACGUUUGUUUCCAUGGACGUUCAUCAAGAAGACACUGGAGAUGGCCGGUAG